UGUCAAAACAUUAUUGUGAUGUGGUCGUAUAUUAUUUUAGUUUUGUAGGCGUUUUAUUUAAUUCUAACUAAAAGAAAAUAAUUCUAUUACCAUGGGCACGACAGGCCAGUCGAUCACGCUAGCUAACAGUAUUAUAGGUGUCGGCAUCCUGGCUAUGCCGUUUUGUUUUCAGAAAUGUGGAGUGUUAUUGGCUACUCUGAUAUUGCUGUCGAUGGGGCUCGUGUCCAGGCUUUGCUGUCACUUUCUACUCAAGUCUGCUCUUCUGGCUCGGAGGAGAAAUUUCGAGUUCCUGGCAUUCCACGUGUUUGGGUCGGCAGGCAAGAUGGCGGUUGAGCUGGGCAUCAUCGGGUUCCUCAUGGGCACCUGUAUAGCAUACUUUGUGGUCGUCGGGGACCUGGGGCCUCAGAUCAUUGCCAAAAUGUUUAAUAUCAACCAGAGUGAUAUACUCAGAACCUCCAUAAUGGUGAUAGUGUCGCUGGUGUGCGUGCUGCCCCUCGGCCUCCUGAGGAAUGUGGACAGCCUGAGCAAUGUCUCCGCGGCCACCAUCGGCUUCUACUUCUGCUUGGUUAUAAAGGUGAUAUCGGAAGCCACGUCACAGCUCCUAACAUCGGAGUGGGGCAUGGUGGAGCACUGGAAGCCUGAAGGUGUGCUGCAGUGUGUGCCCAUCUUCUCUAUGGCACUCUUCUGCCAGACACAAUUAUUCGAGAUCUUCGAAUCUAUGCCGACCCUGUCUCUGGAGAAGAUGAACGUGGUGACCAAGAACGCCAUAAAUAUCUGCACGGCCGUGUACUUCACGCUGGGCCUCUUUGGAUACAUCGCGUUUAAUAAACACGACAUUUCAGGUAACAUCCUGAUGAGCUUAAGCCCGACGAUGGCGAGUGACGUCAUCAAGCUGGGGUUCGUCAUGUCGCUCGCUUUUAGCUUCCCCCUGAUCAUCUUCCCCUGCCGCGCCAGCUUGUACUCUUUCCUCUACAGAAAGGUGCACCCCUCGCAGCACGACCACAUCAUCAACCACUCCAUCCCGGAGCCCACCUUCCGCGCCAUCACCGUGGCCAUCGUGGCCGCCGCGCUCGUCAUCUCGCUGCUCAUCCCCAACAUCGAGCUGGUGCUGGGCCUGGUCGGCUCCACCAUCGGAGUACUCAUCUGUGUGGUCUUCCCGACUGCGUGCUUUGUUAAUGUCACGUUUAAGAACACUAACGAAAGGGUUCUUGCUAAGGUGGUGCUGAUCCUCGGGCUGGGGAUCAUGAUCCUGGGCACGUACGCGAACCUGCAAGCCGCGGAGAACGCCCCGGACAAGUACGACACCAUCACCCAGGAGCGCAUCGACAAGAUCGUCGAGGACUUCUUCCAGGCGCGCCAGCUCGAGGACGGAGGUAUGAUCAAGGCAGCACCGAAAGUCGAUAUCAAUAAAGUUUCAGACGAAGAUGCAAAGCAUAGCAAAGAAAAAGUGGCAGACUCUGAAGUUCAACCUCCCAACCCGGUCCCGCCGGAGUCCCAGCCUGACGACGCGCCCAAGGAGCCUCCGCGCGCAGAGAUUGUCAAAAAGAAGCCUGAAAUAGCACAGAAGCAAGAAAAAGCUGUACUCAAAGAAAUCAAGCCCGACACAGACAGAGUUUCUGAAACACAUCCAAAGAACUUAAAAAUAACAGAAGAAAAACUUUCCAACGGUGAUACCAACAAGGUGCAAAAGAUAGAUUCUCGCUUGAAAGAAGAAAUAAAACAAAUGAGCAAUCAACAGAAAAUUGACCUUCUCAAGCAAGCGCAGCUAGCGGAGACCAUCAAGCAACACGGCGAGGAACAGAAAGAGUUGAUCAAAGAGCAGAAAGAAAUCCUAGAUAACAUCAUCAAGACAAAACAAGAGAUACAGCAAGAUAAAAACGAAGCUAAGAAAAUUGCAGUGGAAAGUAUACAAAAGAUAGCUAAUGUUGCGAUUCAGAGUUUGAGUGCUGUUUCUGAACAACCUUCAGCGGGGAAAAUAGAGCCUGAAAAUACAGCCAAUGAAGCCGUGAAGAAAAUAGCCGACGUGGCCGUCGAAGCCAUUAAAGAAAUUAAGGACAAACCGAUAGAAACGCUGCCUUUACUCAAUAAUAUUGCUGCACAACUUCCUGAAGUAAAAAUAGCACCAGUACAAAAUAGCGUAAACGAAGUGAAACAAAACAAACCAAUUGCUCAAAAUCCUGUACAAAAUUUUAAUCCAUCCAAAUCUCAAGAUACAGUUUUGGAGAAUAGUGGAGUAAAGGUAGAUGUAAAUAACAAUAAUAUCCUACCACCAGUACAAAAUGUUAAUAUAGAGAAAAGUAAUAAUGCUGCACCGGAUAAUAAGAACAUAGAGCUAAAUAAACCGCAAGAAGUUAUUAAUGUUGCACCGAUAGUUCAAAACCCUGUGUUAGAAAAUAAUAACCCAUUGGAAAAUAAGCAGCCAUUGAUACCAUCCAACAAUAAUGUGCCUAUACACGAAGCUCACCAACUAAAUUCUGAAGUUCUAGUUGAAAAGACACAUUCGCACUCACCAGAUGAACCGCAGUCUUACAAACAAGGUGAGGAUGCGCAGACACAACCGGACGCUCAAGCAAGUAUACUAAACGUACCGCUACCACUCGCAAUGAAUGGAAACAAAAUCAAAUCAGAAGAAAUCAAACAAGAAGUUGUAGAUAAAUCUAUACAUAUUCAAAAUGAUGCUAAACAACCAAAUACUAUAGAAAAUAAUGAAAAAUCAAGACAGAAGCGCGAAGCAGUAGAUUGUUUAAAUAAAGCUACAUUAAGGGCUGAAGAUAAGGAAGUUUGUAAAAGUAUAGAUUCACCAGUUUCACCAGAAAUACUGCCAAAUGUAGACUUGAACGAGCUGCCCAAACUGCCAGUAGAUUUACACAUGGUUCAUCAGAUAAGAUCACUGAAAAGUUACGACGAAGAGAAACGAAGGUAACAGUGAAUAGUUGAAAUACUUCGAGUUAAAUGUUCCUCUUGAAAAGAUGACUGCCCGAGAUAUGUUUUUCUGAGAAAUGUGUGUGCAAUGUGGAAUUUAGUCAUAGUAAGUUAUGUAAAUAUAUGGUAUCAUCGUUAAAUUAUGUCAAUUUUAAAUUGAACCUUAAUCGUAAAGUUAAUAGUUUAAUUUGAAGUGUUAGUCGCGCGAUAUUUCUUAUUACUUUUUUGUUUUAAUUUAAAUGUGUAUUGGAAUAAUUAUUAUCUUUAUUCUCAAGAUUUCGGAAGUUUCGUGAUACACAUUCCUUCAUUGUCACUCGCUGUUGAUGUUUUCGUCACAAUUAGUAAUGACUAUUUGUCGACGAAUUAAAAAAAAGAAAAUAGUGCGUGGAGUUCCUCCGCUCGGAAGAAGUGAAACUUCGUAAUGUGGAAAUGAAAAUAGGAAGGAGUAUUUUAAAAUUCGAGUUGGCAACACUGAGCGUUAAAUGUUUAACGCUGUCAGUUGGAAGUCGCAUUAGAUUAUACU